AGGAGCAGAGCAGACAGCAGGCAGAAGCACCGGGAGUCACCUCUUCCCCAUCAAGAGCUGCGGAGUUUGUGAUGAAGAAGCCGAGGACAGACACCUUUCACCGCCUGAUCUGACUCCGUGGACAGGAUGACCGAGGUGCUGAAUUCUCUGGAGCCGGGGUCUGAGGACUUCACUGGAGCUGAGGGGGACGAGGCGGCUAUCUUCCCUGAGUCUCAUGAGCGUUACCCAAAGCUCUCGAAGCGCCUGCCCUCCAUUGUGGUGGAGCCCACAGAGACAGCGGAGGUGGAGAGUGGGGAGCUAAGAUGGCCGCCCGACGAACCCAGCUCCCCUGAAGAGAAGGCUCGGCGCGGUCUGGAGGAGCAGGCAGCUGCAGGGUCAGACGUGACAGAGGACCCGUCUGGACCCGAGAUGCAGGACUGAAGUGGACUCUGGACACAGUGAGUCCAUCUAGACCUGGAUCUGAACCGGACAGGAACCAGGACUGGACAAAAGAUCAGAGUCCACACAUUUAGUUUUACAUUGACAUGAUUGAUAGAUACUAGGCAAAUGUUUCAUUAGACUAAAGGGAAUAAAGAUGUCACUCUGUUUAAUGUGUACAUAGAGAGACUGUGUUUUUAUAUUGUGCUUUUAUUUCAGAUGUAAUAUUUAAUGUCCAAACUUUACUAAAUAUUCUAAACCACAAUGAAAAGUCUCAUUAAUAUCCUUAGAGCUCUAUAUGUCUUAUUUUUGAAACAAUGACUUAGACUUAUUUUAAUUUGAAUAGGGCAUGUUCACUGCAUUCAGAAUAUGAUGUCAUGAUUUCAGAUGGAGGGAACUCUAUGGGAGUCACUGGUUAUGAAAUCUCCAAACUUCUGUUGAACCUUCUCAUGAUCUCUUUAGGGUCAGCUCCACAACCUCGUCAUAUUAAUUCUUGAAACGAUUGUGAAAAAAAACUUGCAGCGUUUGUUUAUUUAAGCUGACAGAAGACGCCGAACAUUGGGCCAGUUUUUGUUUCAUGUGGAUAGGCCCAGAAAUUGCAGCGAUAAACCAGGUCUAAAUCAGGUCUAAACCAGGUCUAAACCAGGUCAAAACAUCUGCAGUCUGAAUUCUGACCUGUCUCAGCUCAAUUUAAGCCACAGACUGUAUAAAGAAGUGUACUAAAUCAGUGUGAUGUCACAAAUGAAGCUCAUUGAGGCUAGCAGUUAUAGCGGCCAAUCUGGAGCAGAGUUCCAUAUUGGGAAUUCUGUCAAUCAAACCUGUUGCUAACGUUAGCAGGAGUGACCUCGGGAAAAGGAGGCGCCUCAUUUGUCUGUUAUUAAUAUUCAGAUCUUGAUUUACAAACACAAUAGUGAAAUAAAAGCCCCAGGAUCAUGUAGAGUGGGUUAAUAUGAACAUUUCAAGAUCAAAAUGAUGAGUCUGACAGCAGCAGUUACAGAGAGAGGACACAGUUUUUACAUAGAAAGUGAACUGGAGCCAGAGUCAAUGGAGCUGGAAGUGCGCCCAUGAUCACUUCCUGUUUGGAACACAACAACCAGCAAGUUAGCUAUGUCCAUUUAUUUGUACAGUCAGUGGUUUAAAUUGUGGGCAGUUUAAAGUGUUCUCACGUGAACCCAACUUUAAUUCUGAGCAAAAACUGACAGUAACUCAUCAUGAUCACAGUCAUUAAAUACAAAUUACUUACAUAACAUGAAAGACAUUUAAAUAUAUUUACAUUCAUUUAUAAUAACUAUUGAACAACACUGGAGCUGAGGAGUGGAACAGUGAAGUCAUAAUCUCAUGGCUGAAGUUAUUUCAGGCAGUUUUUGCCUGAGGUUGGUCUCAUUUAGAAAGUUUGAGGUGAGACUAACUAGAUCCAGAGUCCAGAAUGUAAAGUUUUACUAAAAUAUGUUUUUGGAUUAAAUUAUGACAAAAUAAAAAUCCAAAACUGUUGAAUAACAUUAAAUUUAUGUGGCAAAAAUACUGUUCAUUACACAGAUACUUACUAACACUUGACACUAAUAUUUUGUAUUAAAUGUUCUUGUGAUGUUGACCAAGGGCAAAUGCAACCAACCAGAUGACCUGUUUAUAAAGAGAAUAAAAUAAAUAAUACUUAGAAAUGCCAUGAAGGAGCAAUACAAAUAAGAAAAUCUGCUUGGAUAAAAAAGUCAACAUUCCAGAUUUUUGAUGAAAAAUGCUUAAAAAGUUAAAAAGCUGCAGGUGACUUUUUACUUGGACUAAAAAAAAAAAAAAUCUUUAAGUUGGCCUGUCACUAUAAUCACUAUAUCAAAUUCUGGUUCAGUAUCGGUCCAGUAUCAGCUCAAUAUCGGUUCAGUAUUGGUCCAGUAUGAGUGCAGUAUCGGUUCAGUAUUGGUGCAGUAUCAGUUCAGUAUCGGUUCAGUAUGUGUCAGAUGGAACAGUCAUUUUUGGGGUCAGUAUUUAUCAUGGGACUUUUUCUUUGUAAUAGUCAGGAUCUUUUUGUUUUUUUUCCCUGUUGUUAAAUUUGAGCCGUUGAGGGUUGGAUAAAUAACUUGUCUGACUCAUUACAGCCGCAAACUCUUUAUAAAAGUGUUUCAUUCUACUGUUUAUUUAUUGCAACUCAUGAUAUCUAACCAUAUUAUACAUUUAGAAUAGUUUUGGGAUAUUUUUACUUCAGGGUUUUUGUGUCAGUGGCGUAAAUGAGUUUCAAUAUUAUCAUUUGUCGUCUCUCUUAAGCGAUAUAUCCAACUUCAAAAUGUGUUAUUGUGACAGGCCUAACUUUAAGUCUUUUUUAAAACUUGAAUCUCGCUCUAUUGAUACUUUGCAGCUGAUGCCAUCCACAUUCUCUGCUAACUAAGGGGCACUGCUCUGUCUGAAGCUCUAUGACACUUUAGCCUUUAAUCUGAGCUCUAUUUUAACACAACUCAUUUAUAUGAACUACAACAGGUGAGCUGAUAUGUGCUGUUGAACAAGUCCCUCUCAAAUAACAUUACAGUCACAAGCUAGCUAGCAUUAGCAUUAGCAUUAGCAUUAGCCAACAGUUUUUCAGUUAGUAUCUGUCACCUUUUUGUGUAAAAUUCCAAACUCCUAAACAGGACCAUGAAUUUUUUCUUGAGUUUUCAGAUUAACUUUUUUUGGCAGUGUUUGCUAAUGUGUGCGUUGUGUCGCCAUGGUAACUGCUGAAUAUUCUACCAUAGACAUACAUGUAGUGUGACCUCACUGCAAAGUAUUAAUAAAAUAACCUGGUAAACACGGCAUUUCCAUUGUCUCCAUUUGCAAAUUGAGUCGACAUCUCCCAGUGCCAUAUUUCUACAGUUCUGGCAGCAGCUUUGUAUUUUGUGCAGAUUUAGAUUAGGUUUGUUAAGUGCCAGCUGCUGUACUCUGUAAGAAUAGGACUCUUAAAUACAUACAGUUGUGGUGUUUUUAAGGCAUUAUUUAAAGGGUUUUAUUUGUGUCCUAAAGAGGCUGUGGUGUGAUUUUGAGCAAUAGUUUGAAACUGUUUUAUGAAAUGUUGAAUCUAUUUUAGAAGUGUUUGCCGUUUGUCAGAUGAUAUUUUUUAAGAAACUGGAACUGUAAACAAACUAUGAGAAAUAAAUCUUUUCAAAAUUCUU